CCACCCAUCAUGCCCCCCAAGCUCCCCAGCUACUCCCGCCCCGGCCGCGGCCAACACUUCCAAGAUGAAUAUGGCUUCUCCGAAGCCUGCAUUGCCGGCGACAGGAUGGAGAUUGCCGGACAGAGUCAGUUCCAGUUUUAACCAUGCCACCCACCCCACCUCCAUUCAAUUGCCAUUAGACUUCCCAUCAUAGACCUCCCCUUAUAGAACCUCACCCUACCACCCGAAACCCCCAACCCCCAAACCCCAAACUAACCCCCUCGCAAACGCAAAAGCCGGAAUGUCCCCAACCUCCACAACCAUCCCCGCAACCCUCGAAGAAGAAGUCGCCCAGGCCUUCGCCAACAUCAACGAGGUGAUCCUGUACGCGCUGGAGCGGGCGCGGCCGGACCUGCGCGCCCAGGUGGCCACCGGGUGGGAGCUGGUCACCAAGCUGCGCACCUACCACGUGAACCUGCCGAAGACCCGGGAGACGGUCAUCGGGCUGAUGGUGGACGAGGUCCGCAGGUGGUGCCCCGGGCACCAGCCGACGUGGACGAUGCUGGGGAUCGAGGCGUUGCCGUUCGAGGGCCAGAAUCUGGAGGUCGAGGUGGAUGUUUAUCUGGGUUCGGGGGUGUAGGUCCCUCCCUGGUUUGUGAGGGGUGGUGGUUGGGGUGGUUGGGGAGUUGGGAUGUUGGGAGGGAGAUUCGUUGUUUGUAGAUAAUAUGCUUGUAUGGGCUGGAGACGAUAUGCUUGAAGGAUCUAUUGUUGGGAUGAUGCGGAUUGACCCGUAUUACUUACUAGUUGGUGGGUUCUUCCGGUCUAUUCAAGUCGAGACAUCUUUUGCUCUCAUCUGUCGGAGGGCUCAAGGCUAAAAUAGGCUUACUAUAGCACGUCGAACACUGAGCUAGAUUCAUUAUUAAGCAUCAUUUUGGGGGCUU